ACCCCAUCAGCUGUUCAGAAGAUAAAACAGCUUCUUAAAGAUAAACCUGAGCAUGUAGGCGUGAAAGUAGGUGUUCGUACAAGAGGAUGCAAUGGACUUUCUUACACGUUAGAAUAUACAAAAUCAAAAGGAGACUCCGAUGAAGAAGUAGUUCAAGAUGGGGUUAGAGUGUUUAUUGAGAAGAAGGCACAGCUGACCCUUCUAGGAACUGAAAUGGACUAUGUAGAAGACAAACUGUCCAGUGAAUUUGUCUUCAAUAAUCCAAACAUCAAAGGAACAUGUGGAUGUGGAGAAAGCUUUAACAUCUGAAAUCUCAGGACUGCUUCUUUGACUGUGAACACCCGAAAACACUUAUUGUUAUGGCUUUUGGAGGCAAAAUGCGUUUUCUUCAGGUUUGUAGGCUGCGUAAAGUGUGGUUACCAUUAAGAAAAAUAAUUUCAAAAUUGUAAAUUGCGUGUUAAACUCCACCAUUAAUGUAGUUACGCUGUAAUUUGUGAUGAGUUGGGAUUGGAAAGGUAAGAACAGCAAGUGCUGUAGUAACAUCUCUGUACUUUCACACGCCAAGGAAAUAAAAUCCCACUGUUAUUUUCCU